AUGCAACUGCGUGCUCUUGCCAAGGAGAUCGUUGAGAUGGAGGAUUAUGACGAUCAGUUUAAAGUAUUCAAUUUCCGGAUCCAUGUCGUGACGGAUAUGAUUCACGAAACCGCAUGCAAAGCAAUGCCUGAAGGACUAUACCAUGUGAAGUGGACGGAUGAUAACCAGGAAGAAAAGAAAAAGAAUGUAUCCAAUGUACGGAGCUCUCCAAUGUGCUUGGAAAUGCAAAAAGAAGAUUAUCAAGCAAAUGAAGGAAUACAACUUAAUUAA